UUCUAUAUUUAUGGAAUAGGUGAGUGAAGACCAGUAUUAUUGGACGAUAGUGUUAGGCUCUUGGCAACAGCCAUCCCUCAAACGCAUACAGAGAAAUGAGAAAGGAGAAAGAAGACGGUGGGCAAGAAAUGCCUUCUCUAGAUGAAGGCAGUCUGGUACCAGCCCUUGCCAUUGCAAUUCCAAACGAGAAUGUAGGGCAGACCAGCUCUAAGAAAGGUGGCGGCUGGGCGACAGCCCCUUUUAUUCUAGGGAGUUCAUUGGCUUCCACGGUUGCCUCUUACGGAGUGACCAUAAACCUAUUACAGUUCCUUGUCCGCCGGUUCAACAUCAGCAACAUUCGCGCAUCGCAGAUCACCAAUACAAUCAACUCUGUCAUGUGCCUGUCUCCGGUGGCCGGCGCCGUCCUCUGUGAUGCAUACCUGGGCUGCUUCUUAACCAUUUCUGUCUUCACGUUCAUCUCCUUCUUGGGGAGUUUGAUGUUAGCUCUGGCAGCAUCGCUUCCAUCCAUGGCGCCACCUUCCUGCGACCAUGAACUGGGCUCGUGCCAAUCCCCCACGCCGACCCAAUUUGCCUUCCUAUGCUUGGCCUUCAGUGUCACCACCCUGGGCCUCGCAGGGACCUGCUUCACCUACGUUACGAUCGGCGCGAACCAGUUUGAUAGGAAGAAGGAGCAGGAAACGUUUGUUAGCUACUAUUUCCUCACUACCACAGUCUCGAUGCUCGUUCCAUCGACCGUCAUUGUUUACGUCAUGGACAACGUGGGAUGGAACUGGGGCUACGGCUUGUGUGCGGUGCUGAGCGCCACUAGUGUGGCCCUGUUUGUUCCAACCAAGUGGUUCUGCAGGGAUGCGAGACCGGAAGGCAGUCCUUUCAUCAACUUGGCUCGCGUUGUGGUCAGUGCGGCUCGAAAAAGUAAGCUCCAAUUGUCAGUGAAGGAAGAGGACUACUAUCAUGGCAGUGGCAAGCUUUCAGAAUUGACUUCCAGGUUCAGUUUCAUCAACAAGGCUGCCCUCAUAACGGGAGGUGACACCCACUUGGACGGCUCUAUAGCAAAACGUUGGAGACUGCACCAUCCAAGAAGUGGAAGACCUCAAGACUCUGGUCCGGCUGUUUCCUCUAUGGUCCACCGGAAUCUACCUCAACAUCGCCAUGGCAAUUCAAACCAAUCUCACCAUUCUGCAGUCUCUCACCAUGGACCGCAGUUUGGGCCCAAACUUCAAGAUUCCUGCAGCUUCCUUCCAAGUCUUCUCCAACAUCAGCAUGGCCAUCUCCCUACCACUCAUCGACAGAUUCUCUUAUCCGGUCUCCAGGUUGCUGACUCGACGGCAGCUCACGCUUCUUCACAAGAUAGGCCUGGGACAUGUGCUCGCCAUCGUUGGCUUGGCCGCCAUGGCCUGUGUUGAGGCAAGAAGGCUUCAGGUAAAGCACCAACAUGGUCUUGCCAUCGCCGGCGACCACCUUGAUGCCGUUGUUCCAAUCUCAGCCCUCUGGCUGGUUUUGCCUUUGGUGAUCCUUGGAGUAGGCUCGGCUUUCUAUCUUCCUGAACAAGUGAACCUGUACUACCAAGAAUUUCCGGCUUCCCUCAAGAACGUCGGCACGUCGGUGUGCUUGUUGGCUGUUGGGAUUGGAUAUUAUUUGAGUACGACUGUUGUUCAUGCAGUGCAAAAGGCUACGCCAUGGCUGACUGAUGAUAUCAACAGAGGACGUGUAGACAAAGUCUACUGGAUGCUGGCAGGGUUGGAAGGGGUCAAUUUCCUUUACUACGUCUUGUGUGCUAAGCUUUACGAAUUUCAGGCCAGUGUCUAGCUUAUGUGAUAUAUGUUAAGAAACUUUCACUUGCUGCAGGUAAUGCAAAAAAUAAAGGAUACUAAUCUGUUGAUCA